CGCGCGGCCCCCCCAGCGUCCCGCCAUGGAGCCCGCGGGCAGCCGCAUCCAGGUGCUGCUGCAGGCGGCCGAGUUCCUGGAGCACCGCGAGCACCGGCACCCGCUCGGCCUGGCCGGGGCCGAACACGGCUACGCCGCUCUCUGCCCCGCGCCGCCGCGCCGGGCCGUGGGCAGCGUCAGGUCGGUGCACAACGCGCUGGAGAAGCACAGGAGAGCCCAGCUCCGGUGCUGCCUGGAGCGGCUGAAGCAGCAGGUGCCGCUGGGCGUGGGGCCGGCCCGUUCCACCACGCUGAGCCUCCUGCACCGCGCCCGGCUCCACAUCCAGAGGCUGGAGGAGCAGGAGCUGAGGGCACGAAGGGCCAAGGACCGGCUGCGGGACCGGCAGCGGAGCCUGCAGCGGCGGCUGGAGUCGCUGCUCGUGCCCGCUGAUGGGGAACGGGCACGGGCUGACAGCCUGGACUCCUCCCGGCUCUCAGAGCCCUCCGAGGAAGAGGAUGCCGAGGUAGAGGUGGAUGGUGUGGUGUUCAGCGGGGACCUGCUGCCCGGCUUUGGCACCGGGAGGGAGCACAGCUACUCCAGCCCGCACAGCCCCGCCUCCUGACGGCGCCCGCUGCCUUCCCUGCGCUGCCUGCCCGCCUCUUUCCUGCUGGAAACCCGGCCCCGGCCAGCCUCGGCACAGCUGCCGGGCUAAGGGGCCACAGAUGGGGGCAAGAGUCCGGCCCUACCCCCGCACGGCUGGGUAGCACUGGCUGUGGCACUGGGUGCGUGGGGCUGGCACUGCGCUGUGGCACCUGCUGUGCACCACAAGGCACUGGAAGAGGUGCUGGAAGAAGGCCCAGCUGUCACUGAGGACACUCUCCUGCCUCCCCCUGUGCACCCACGGGCAGUCUGGGGGCUGCCUGGUGUGGGUAUAGGGCGGUGCUGCCCAUUGCAGACACGACUACAGAAAAGCUCUCCUGCCCCUGGAGCGCCAGGAAGGGGAAAUGAGUGCAUUAAGGAACCUCUCUUCCUGCUCCUGCAGCCACCCCGCUCUCUUGUACAGACCCGACACUUUUAUAGUAAAAGCACUUGGUAAAACCCUG